AUGGCAACUUUGAAUAUUAGUCACUGGAAUGAAACUACAUCCAUCCUUGGUUUUCAAGUCCAGAAGAUUUACCCUUUCCAUGACAAUUGGAAUACUGCUUGUUUUGUCAUUCUGAUCAUAUUUAUAUUUACUGUAGUAUGUUUGGUGGUGCUAGCUUUCUUAUAUGAGCUACUUGACUGUUGCUGUUGUGCAAAAAACAAGACGAUGAAAGACUUGGAGAAUGAACCUAAUCCUGUUAGAUCUAUGCUGGACAGCUUCAGGAAACGUGGAACAGAAGAGGUAUAGUGAUGGACUGAUCAGUAGCACCACAUCCAAAUGUUCAACAUCAUAAUGAAGCCUCUUGCAUCCUAGGACCAAGCAAGUCAGAUCCUGCUUAGCCUUAAAUAUCAUCAUUAGCACCAUUUUUUGUUCACGGGUGGAUAGAAAUUUGAACAGUUCACAAAACACUUAAAAUGGAUUAUCAGUAACAGUGUUAUGUGAAAAUUGUUAUUUUUUGUUUUUACAUAAAUCGCUGUUGAUCAGAACUAAUUACUCAAGUAAAACAUUGCUCUUCUGACUAA